GAGAGUGUGUUGACAGCAGCUGCUCAGCACAAGCUCUAAACUAGCAUCGUAGGCUUAGUAAUUAGGCAACCAAGCUCGACUUUGUGUUUUUUAACAGUCUGAUAAUUCAUAAUAAAAAUUGCGUGGCUAUAUUACUAGUGUGAAAGGAUUAACACGAUGGCUUGGAGGCGAAAAAGCUAGCGACGAGGCUAGCAAGGAGCUAACAGCAGACACAGCGUUUGGUCAGCAGAAGCAGGGCAGAGACAUGGGCUCGGAGAGCAGCACGGCUCGGGGCUGCUCCCUGCUGGGGGAGCCACUGCUCUCGCUGCCCUCCGGACUCACCAUGUACUCGGCGCUACUGCACGGUGGGAAACCCGCCUCGGUGUUCGUCCACCAGAGGGGCAAUGAGGACAAAGUCAACAAAGCUGCCAAGCAUCUGAAGACACUGAGGCACCCAUGUCUGCUGCGCUUCCUGUCCUGUUCAGUGCAGGAUGGUGGCAUUCAUCUGGUAACGGAACAUGUUCAGCCCCUGGAGUCGUUGCUGGACAGGCUCUGCCCAGAGGAGACCUGUGCAGGCAUCUAUGACAUCCUGCAGGCACUUAUCUUUCUGCACGAGAGGGGUAAAUCGAGCCACAACAAUGUCUGUAUUUCAUCCCUGUUUGUCAGUGACGAUGGUCAUUGGAUUUUGGGAGGAAUGGACACCGUUUGCAAAUUUUCUGAAGCAACUCCUGAGUUUCUCCAAAGCAUUCACAAUGCAAGAGAAGCCAAGUGUAUUCCUCCAGAAGAGCAGGUUGAGGACUUCAAGAUACUUCCUGACAAACAUGAUCACGCUCGGGACUGUUACUCUUUUGGAAUGCUGGUGGUGGCUCUUAUCCCUUUCAUGGAUGGUUUUUUGUCAGGACAGGCGUUUGACGGUCUGUCAAAAACCCUGCAGGCGGGCCUGCUGAACCCUGACCCUUUGGCUCGACCUCCACUCAGAUCCUUACUCACUCAUGACUUUUUCAGGAACGAUUUUCUGGAAAUGAUGAAUUUUUUGAACAGCCUCACCCUGAAGACAGAGGAGGAAAAGAAUGAAUUCUUUAAGUUCCUUCCAGACCGGAUCCAGAACCUUCCUGAAGAGCUGAUAGCUGCACGUCUUGUCCCCAAACUCCUAAACUCUCUCGUCUUUGCAGAACCUAUGGCUGUCAAAAGCUUCCUGCCUCAUCUUCUAAGGCCAAAGAGGGAUCCCAGUCCAGAUGGUAGCAGUGAGGACUGCAUUCUGUCUCUGUUCCUUUACCGUAUACAUGUGAUUCCUCAGCUGCUCAAACUUUACAAAGUCAACGAGGAACAUGUCCGAAUUGUGCUGCUGGCUCACAUCCACAACUACGCGGAGUUCUUCUCCCAUGAUGAGCUCAAAAACCAGAUCUUACCUCAGGUUUUGUUAGGAAUGAGAGAUACAAAUGAUUCUCUGGUUGCCAUGACGCUGCAGAGCCUGGCAGUGUUGGUGCCCUUACUGGGGGCUCAAGUGGUUGUUGGUGGAGAGCGAACCAAGGUCUUUAAACGCACCACACCCAACUUUACCAAGUCUCCAGAUGUUACCCCUGAAACUUCACCUGUCCACAUACUUGGAGGUUGCCACACCCAGAUGGCUCAGCCUUCCAAAACAUUGAAUUCUUUCCCAAAACCACCAGAAACUGAAAGAUUCGUACUUGGUCGCAUCGGGAACUUCUCAGAUACUCGUGAGACAAGAGUUAUUGCGCCAGCAUCAAAUAUUAGCCAACAAAUGUCUCUAGCCUUGAACGGCUUUCGUCGGGACAGUGAGAUGGAGCCUUUGCCUUACAGCCCAGACCAGGCUGAAAGACGAGAGGAGGGUGUGGAAGACUGGCCCGACUGGAAUGUGGAGAGUCAAGGUGAAGGUGGGCAGUCUGUGCAGAUCCACAUUCAAUCCUCAGAGAGAGUUAAUCCAAUCAAUACCAGACUCGCACAUGAAACCACAGAGGAGGAACCGUGGGAUGACUUUGAGGACACUGAACCUGUCUCAGAUCUCUCCCCUACAGCUCCUUUUGCAGACUCAGUUAUUCUUACAGCACCUAGAGGAAGUGCUUCUAUUACAACCACAAAAGAUGCUCCUGAAGCCUUGAGAAAGGAUUCUUCUAAGCCCCUGAAACUGACCUCAACACCGCACCAACCAUCACUGUGCAAGGGGAGUUCUUCAUGGGACAGUGCCUGGGCCCAAGAGGAGACAUUAAACCCAGAACCCAAACCUGCAGUGCAGCAAAAUAAUAUUGGUACAGGAGGACUUGGGGAGGAGUUUACUAUCAAGGUGAAGAAAAAGGAGCAGCUAGAUCCAGAAUUGGAUUUGUUUGCAGACAUGGUGCCAGACAUCAAAUUGUCAUUGCCAUCCCUGCUGCCACUAGAGAGAAACAUGGGUGACCAAAGACUGUCUGCAGCCUUUUCAGAGAGCACCAAAUCUCUGCCAGUGGACUCAUCCAUUGAUACUUUAACUCUCAGUGCCAAGUUUGCAGCAGUCAGCGUUUCAGAGACUGAAACGGACGGUUGGGGAGAUGGAGAUGACCUAAACUGGGACGAUGAGAAUGCCUGGUGAUAACUUCAGAUUUAAAUUCCAUCUGGGGAAACAAAAACAACCACUGGAAAACUUCUGGAACGCCACUUCCCCCCAGAGGAGCAAACUGGAUUUAGCAAGAUAGUUAAGACGGGGGGAGUGUGAAUCUACUGUCAUACUUAUUCUGGCAUUGAUCUUUGAUAUGUUUAUUAAGGAAAUUUGAUUUUGAAGGAUUGGCAGCCUGUCAAAUGGUGCUAGACAUAGCCUAAAAAAAACAUCAGUUUGCCAAGUCAAAUGAACCAUCUCAAUAAGACUGAGGAUCCUGACAGUGAUGACUUUCAUCCUGUCUUUUUUUCUUUUAGAUGUGCCAACUCAGUUAUUGGCAUUAAGCUCAAGAUAAAGGUUUUGCCGAAAAUGUUUCCAGAACGAUUCAGGUUAUGUUUCCUGAAGGCUUGCACUUUGAAUGUGAAAAGGUAAUGGCAUAAUUUAUUUGAGCUUUUUGGCUGGUGGUGAAAUAAACAUUUUAUAUACAAGAA